CUCAUCUCAUCAGGUUAACCAGCUGGACAGAGAGAAAGGCUACAGCCGAGAUGACCCUCUUUGCCGGCCUUUUCUUUUGCCUUCUCGGCAGUCUCCUUUCCAGCUCCUGGGCAGAAGCAGCUCCGCAGCCUGAGUUGCAGGCCGGGACUCACUGCCCUUUCAACACUCACUCCAUCAAAGAAGGCAACGCGUGGUAUUGCUACGAGUUAUACGAACGUCCGCGGUCCUUUCCAAAAGCUGAGGUCGUUUGUCAGCAGAACAGGAACGGGGGUCAUCUGGCCUCCAUUACCAGUAAGAAGCAGACAGAGAGUAUCGGGGGUUACAUCUCUGAAAUCAGCAAGGAGAAGGCUCGUGUGUGGAUCGGGCUGUACCGGGAGCAGAAUUCAGACCUGGUCCGUGGCUGGCGCUGGACUGAUGGUUCCUUCUUCGACUACAAGAACUGGGUGAAGGGAGAACCCAACAAUGCUGGUGGGGAUGAGUUCUGUGUUGAACUCACGGCUGAAUCAGGAUUUGAAAGAUGGAAUGAUGUCUCUUGCAGCUCUGAGAAAUCUUUCCUCUGCAGAUGGAGAGUCCUUUAGUCCAAGCACUCUAGAUGUGCCAGGGAAGCCCAGGGCCUCCUUGGGAGUAAGCCAUGCCUGCCGGAUGCCAAACUUCUCUCCAUCUCAGGGACACCAUUUCCUUCAGCUCCAACUGAAAGUUCCCCGGGCUUUCCUCUCUUCCUGCUCUGGAGUUGUCCUUUUCCUGCCCUUCUUUGCCUGCUAAUAAACUUUUCUGGAAGCCUGCA